AUGCUUGAGAACCGAAGCAUUGCAGCGAUCUAUGCUGCAUGCUUUACUGUUGUUCUUGGGGUAGUGCUGCUGGCGUAUCAUCAUGCACCCACGGAGCUCUACCAGCUCCUCCCAGCAGUGCCCAUGAACAACCAGAGGACCCUAGCGCAGAUGCUCGACCAGUUCCACGUGGCUGGCGCCAUGGAGGUCCCCGAGCACCCUCCAGGCAUGCCCUACGUCAAGACUGAUCCCAUCGGAAGCUUCGAAGUCACCACACCCAACGGUGACUCCCUCGGCAAUGUCAGGAUCAAAACGCUGCCUGCCCCGGCUGCCCCGCCCCCCACGAUCAUCCGGUUUGGAGACGUUGCUGUGUCUGCCGCUGGUUGCCCGACGUGCCCAGUCCUGGAUGAGGAGGCUGCGAAGAAGCAGAAAGAGGACAUGGAGGAGAACGACAUCAAGCUUAAGAGGCUAGAGGCCGUUGCGCAGAGGAACAAGGAGCGACUCGAGCACGGCCUGGAAGUGAUGAAGUCCCUCAAGGAAACUCUGCAGACGUAUCUGUUCGACAUCAAGGAAGGGCUCAGGAAGGAGGACGAGAACAUCGAAACCCACCUCAUUGAGAAGGAGAAGGAGGCAAGGAGGAGGCCAAGGGGACCCCAGGGUCCUCCAGGCUACGACGGCGAACCAGGACUUCCAGGACACCCAGGGAUCCAGGGAAGCCGUGGCCUCCGUGGGAAGACGGGAGAGCAGGGAGGGAUCGGGAUAAGGGGCGCUGCAGGCCCGCCCGGCAAGCCUGGCCCGAUGGGAACGGUUGGACCCAAGGGAGUGCCAGGGCCCGAAGGACCUAUGGGUCCACCAGGGGUCCCAGGGCCUGUUGGUCCAUCCUCUACCGAGCUCAAGUGCUCGAAGAUCGGAGGGUUCAUCUACGAUGGGAUCUGCCUUAAGUCAGUCACUAUCAACAAGGACGAGGACAAGUUCCCGAAGCAGUGCAAGCCCUGGACUCCUCACAAGAAGUGGCUCAAAGCCGAGUGGAUCGCCAUUAAGAACAUGUUCUCAGUCAAGCCGACAACCUCCAAUAUAGAUUCCAAGAUGGACGGAGGAAGAUGCGAUAACCACGCAGCUAUCAUGUCCUUCACUCAAGAUGAAACAGCUUCUAAGGUUUGGUUGAACCAGCGCACUUUCGACUUCCAACCAACAUUCGCGGGACAGACGUGUACUCUAUACAAUGCAGAAGACACUAUUGCAAUUUACGCCUGCGUUGUUUGA